UAUUUUAAUCAUGUAUGGUUUUAUCGUCGUACUUGAUCCUCGUUUUCCUUGACAUCUUUUUCUAUUGAAUCGUUGAAAAUAUCAGUUUCGGAAGAAAAAGAUUUUCCCUCAAAUAUUCUCGAUCUCGCGAAACGUCGCUCUCGAAAAAAUCACGAAUUAGUAAGAAGAUGAAAUACCAUCGUGAGUUGCGCCGGUUGACUCUUUGUUUUGUAACAAAUGUCAUACUUUCAUAAACAUGUGACCGUCUUGGGAAGUAUCGAGUCAUUGUGGUAUUUGAAACUAGCGUCUUAUCAGAAUUUCAUUAAUUUGUUCAAUGAGGAAUUCGAAGAGAAAGUUAAAAUGAACGAGAGCGAAAAAACGGAGACGCAAUCUGCGUGCGAUACACGUUCUAACCUUUCGAAUGAGACGGUUUUUCAUGCUGUGUACAUACCACAGGACAAGGACUCGCCGGAUGAAGAUACAAAAGAAUGUAUUCAUAUUUAUGAAGAUAUGCCAUCUGCCUUACUUGUGAUAAAGACACAUAAAAAGGCACGUUUGAAAACCUUUAGAAAUCGUUUGGAUGCCGAGGCAUAUGCAAAAAGUGGACAAGAACAAUCUACCAAUUAUUCUGCUUAUUCUAUUUAUCCUAGCAUUGUUGUAACACAAGAAAAAUCUAGCAACUUUAAGGCACCAAAACCACAAGAGCUUGUGGGCUUCAAAAAAUUAAUUGAGAGUGGAGAUAUGGAGGCUGUGAAGAGUACUGUAUGGGAAAAUCCAAGAUAUUUAAUAAGUAGUGGAGAUACACCUGCAAUUUUACAGAUGGGCUCUCGAUAUAAUGCAUUGCACAUAGCAGCGAGAAGUGACAAACCACAAAUGUGCGAAUUCAUAUUAAACACGGUUGGAGAUCCCAAAUUUAUACAGUGGCAUUUUGGAGAAACCGACUGUAGAAGUAAUCUGGAUCCUGCGCAGAUUAUGUUGGAUUUAUACUUAAAUACACCUGACAAAGGUCUCAAUGAAACUCCAUUGCAUCUUGCUGUUAAAUUUGGUUAUAAGGAUGUGGUUCGAGUUCUCGUUUCUUAUUCUCAAUGCAUCAAAACCUUGCCAAACAAGUAUAAACAGUUACCUAUGGAAAUAAUAUGUAGCAGAAAGUGCCAAGAAGAUGAAGACUUAAAGCGUGAAAUACGUAUGUUGCUGGAAGAUCAAUUUUAUGUACCUGUAUUGAGAGCAGAAGGCAAUGCUUGUCCACCUAUUAUUGGAGAGCCAUUCUCUCCGACUAAUCCACUUAAUUUGAAUAGUGAUCCUAUGAGUCCACGUGUGGAAGUAAGAGCAUUUGCUGGUCCAAUGAACAAGUCACAGGCGGUAGAGUUCCGGAGGAAAUGGAAAACCCCACCGCGUUUAACUCCUAAAAAAGGACAAGGCGAUGUAUCCAGUAUUAUAAGUAGUCCUAGUUUAGCUUUGAGAUUAGAGGAUACAGAAAAAGGACUGGAACGUGUUGGAAGGGAUCUUGCUGAGGAAUGUCAAGUGCCUUGGAAGGAGUAUUGGCCGUUUUUAAAAGAUUUUGUCGAUUUCCGAGGUGACGAAGGAUUGAUGAAGCUUGAAAAGUAUUUAGAACAGAGAUUUCAGAACAAAUACAAAAACCAAAAUUACACGAUGCGGUCAAUUAAUUCUGCAAUGCAAAAAUUGAUUAAUAACCCGAAUGAGAAUGAACCAGCAAACUGCCAACAGACAUCAGAGAAAAUGAACGCUGUUUGUGAGAUGAAAACCAUCUGUCGUAAAUUUCAAUCAUUAUCUGUGGAAAAUGAUGAAAUCGAAGAAAAUAUAGAAUUUUUUACACCUCCAUCCUCACCAGAACUUCAAAAUGAUUCCGACGAUGACAUGCAGAAUGCUGAAGAAGGUCUUACAACAUUUAUUGAAGGAUUUUCACCAACGAAAUUGGAUUAUGCUGUUUACAAUGCACUUUCGACUGCGAUUUCUCCCGAUACCUAUCCUCACAUUUACUAUUGGCGACACGACAUGAAACUAGUUAUAAAACGUGAUCCAAACAGGUUCAACAAAACAAACUUGCUCAGACGAAAAUUAUUUCACAAUAAUUAAAUAUGUAACAACUAGGAUGGAGUUACAUCUAGAUGCCAAACUUGAAUUAGCAUAUAAACUUGGAUAAGAUCAUUAUUUUUCCUAAACGACGAUUCUACACUAUCUAAAGAUAAAAUGUACAUCCCAAGUUCAACUCUACAAUUGUCUUUUACCUUCGCGAAUUCAAGCCCUCUAUCUUGAACUUUCAAACUCUCAAUCUUCACUUUUAUUCUAGCAUAAAAAAAA